AUGCUGAGUAAAAGCUGCAGAAUCCUCCGUCGAUGCUUUCAAACCGAUGUAGAUGUGAUAGUUAUCGGUGGAGGACACGCUGGUUGCGAAAGUGCCGCUGCAUCGGCGCGAUGUGGAUCUCGAACUAUUUUAGUGACUCAAAACAAGAAGACAAUAGGUGAAAUGAGUUGUAAUCCGAGUUUCGGAGGAAUUGGGAAAGGCCAUUUAAUCCGCGAAGUUGAUGCUCUGGAUGGUUUAUGCGGGCGAAUCUGUGAUAAAUCAGCUAUCACUUAUCAGGCACUUAACAGAGCACAAGGACCGGCUGUACUAGGAUUGAGAGCGCAAAUCGAUCGCAAAUUGUACAAAAAACAUAUGCAAAAUGAGAUAUUUUCGACGGAAAAGCUGGAAGUUUUAGAGGGAGAAGUGGCGGAGUUGCUGGUGAAAAAUGACCGAGUUGUUGGUGUGAAAAUGGCGAAUGAAACUGUUAUAAGCACAAAAUGCGUCGUCAUCACCACUGGAACAUUCCUCCGAGCUCAGAUUUACCAAGGAAUGAGCGUAUGGCCAGCUGGACGCAUCGGAGAGAAAAGUUCUGAUAAGCUAUCAGAAAGUUUUCUAAAAUUGGGAUUCGAGCUAGGACGGUUACGAACUGGAACGCCGCCUCGUCUAAUGAAGGAUUCGAUUGAUUUUUCAAAAUUCGAAAAGGUGGAACCUGACAAAAAACCGAUUCCAUUUUCAUUUUUAACCGAUGACAUCUGGAUAAAAUACCAGGAUCAACUACCCACAUAUCUAGGCCAUACAAAUGAGGAAACGUGUCGAAUCGGGCAGGAGAAUAUGCACGAAAAUUGGCAGGUGGCAUCAGAAACGACGUCGCCGAGAUACUGCCCAUCGUUCGAAUCCAAACUGCUCCGCUUCCCGAAUCUCAAGCAUCGUCUAUUUUUGGAGCACGAAGGUCUGGAUUCCCCUCACAUCUACCCUCAAGGAAUGUCGAUGACGUUCAAACCCGAAGUCCAACUUCAAAUCUUCCGAGCCAUUCCAGGACUAGAAAACGUCGAAAUCUUCCAGCCUGGCUACGGAGUACAGUACGAUUUUGUGAAUCCGAAGCAGUUGAAGAAGUCGCUGGAGACGCAGAGAGUGGAGGGAAUGUUCCUAGCUGGACAGAUCAACGGAACAACUGGAUACGAGGAGGCGGCGGCUCAGGGGGUGAUUGCUGGAAUCAAUGCGUCUGCGAGAGCUAGAAAAGAGCCAGCUAUGGAAAUCUCUAGGACAGAGGCAUACAUCGGAGUGUUGAUUGAUGAUCUAACCAGUCUGGGAACCAAUGAACCCUAUCGAAUGUUGACAUCUCGAGCGGAAUUUCGGCUUCACCUACGUCCAGACAAUGCAGAUAUCCGGCUGACAGAAAUCGGAAGACGUCACGGAGCAAUUGGAGAUACCAGAUGGAACAAAUUCUCAAGAACCAGAAAAUCUCUAGAUGACCUGACCCAGAAAACUGAAGAUUUAAAAAUGAGCAUGGUGAAGUGGAAGAGAAAGAUUCCGAAGCUAACGGCGAGGAAUGACGGAAAAGUGUUGUCGGCGUUCGAACUGGUGCAUCGAUAUGAUUUGGGAAAGGAGGACCUAGAGAUGUUGUUUGAAGACGUGGACGAAGAGAUUCUGGAGAGGUUGAAGAUCGAGGGACGGUAUCGGAUGGAGCACGAGAGGAUGAAGGCGAAGAAACAAGAAAUCGAUCGCGAGUCGGCUACAGUAAUCCCCGACAACAUUGACUUCUCAACGAUGCGUGGAAUGAGUCUGGAGUGCAUUGAGAAGUUGGAACGGGCGCGGCCAAGGAAUCUGGCGGCCGCCACGAGGAUCUCUGGAAUCACACCGGAAGCCAUUGUGGUGCUGAUGAGAUAUUUAAAGAGCCCCAGUCAAAUUGCUCAGAAUAAUUGCUCAGUAUAA